CCCGCGUUUAACUCAAACAUGGCGACGAACAGACGAGGCAAGGAGGCAGAGACGCCUAUGGAGGAUGAUGAUGCAUUUGUUUACGUGUUUGACAGAAGAGAUAAAGAUGCACCUGAUGUUAAAAUACCUACAGGAGGCUUAUUUACCUUUGAAGAUUUCAAAGAAAGGGUUAGAGAGGCUUUGCAGAUCAAGAAGAAAGAUAACUUUGUUAUUGCCACAACAAACAGAGAGGAAAUUAAAGAUGAUGAAACUUGGGAUGAUAUAGAUAAUGGAGACACUCUCUAUGUCCUAAAGAAAAUUAACCAAGAGCUGUGUGCCCCAGCAAAUGAAAGAGUUAAUUUUGUGCCACAUUAUGACACCAUCGUGAAGGGAGGACUUUAUGAAUACUAUGCAUCAGAAGGACAGAAUCCACUACCAUAUGCCUUUGCUGAGUUGAUUGAUAAUGCAUUAUCAGCAACCGCAGAAAAUACUGGACCAAGAAACAUUGACAUUUUAUUGCAUUUUGAUGAUGGGAAGCCAUCAAAUAAUGCCAUAUUUAUAAUCGAUAACGGAAAAGGGAUGACACCAAGACAGCUGAACAACUGGGCUAUUUAUCGACUCUCUAAAUUCAAACGCAAAGAUAAAAGAGGGAAAGUGAGCUUUAUUGAGGGGGAGGAUGAUGAUGAGGAAGUAGAACAGAAACAGGCUCCCCUGUGUCUGAACAGUGACAUCUCGUACUUUGGUGUGGGAGGAAAGCAGGCUGUUUUCUUCAUAGGAAAUUCCACAAGGAUGAUGACAAAGGCUAUGGAUUCUCAAGAUAUUCAUGAGCUGACAAUGUCGAAGGAGGAGUUCAAACAGAAAGAGAUCAACAAAGAGUCUGUGUACAGUGGCUUCAUCAGGAAUAGAAAGGUAGGGGACUCAUCUCACAUACCAUCAGAAAAUGAAAUCCUGCAGAACAUCAUUAAAGAAGAAAAGAAAAAACAGAGUUUUACUGUUGUUGAAAUAGGUGGUAUCAACCCAAGUCAUGUUUUGUAUCUCAGACAUCAUAUUGCUGACUGGACAAGACAACUUGCGCAUAUUUACCAUUACUACAUCCAUGGUCCUGAGGGAAAUCGUGAUCUAGAGGAUGACAUGGACAGACCCAACACUCCCUUCAACAUCAUCAAUAUCAGGGUAAAGCUGAAUGUAAAAGGAAAGCCAGCAACAGAAAUCAACUUGCGAGACAUACACGAUGACAUGCAAUCUCUGUACGUCAGAAACUCAGCCAGUCAGUUCUUCUUUAAGGCCACAACAGAGGGAGAGGGGGUCGUAGAGGGAAUUAUCCGCUAUCAUCCAUUUCUGUAUGACAGCGAAACAUAUCCGUCAGAUGUGAACGAUCCAAGAGAGAGAAGCAGGCUGCUGUCAGCAAAGCAUGACCAGCAAGGGGGAUUGGCAUUUGAUUGGUGUUCUGAACCAAAGAAGAGCCGGACCAUUGCAGCAGAAUGCUGGAAUAGAAUAUCAGGUGUGCUGUUCACAAAUGACCAUUUCCAGGUCAGCACCAAUAAGCUGACCUUUCUUGACCUGGAGAUGAGAUUACGAGAUAAAAGCUCUAUAUUCAGUAGAGUAGUAAAUGGACAGGAAAAGCGUACAUCAAUUGAGAGGGAGUUCUUAAACUGGUUAAAAGACUGUCAUGAACAGUACGACAAACAGAUCCACUUUACUGGGUAUGCAGGUCAAGUGGUGAGAACAGACCUUCCCAAGCAGAGGCAAACCCCAUGGAGCCGGUAUAAAAGUGUGGUGUGGGACAACAAGACAUUCAAAGUGGGGCAGAUGGUGAAGAUACUGAGAACUACCCCUGUACUGCUGGGCACCAUUAAGAAUUUCUAUCUCUAUGGAGAGCAUGAAGAGGACACUUUUGCUACAGGUGGUGAGAUUGAGAUCCAGCAGGAGCCACAGUCUCUGUAUAAUGAGGUCAGGGUGGUGCCACUGUCUAGACUGGACAGACUGUGUGGUCCCGCCUCCGUCAAACGAUACUUAGAGGAGGAGGAGUCCAAAUUGCCUGAAUCAUUGAUUGUUACCUGGCCUGAAGGUGAUAUCGUCAAACCAAAUGAAAAAAGACCAGCAGGAAAAACCAUUGGUGCCAUAAAAAUAGAAAUCGAAAACAGAAAAGGAGAAAAAAUACAAAAACUGCCAGGAACCACUGCUCAUGCUUCCCAGAAGAAGCUGCUCGUGGAAUUAAAAGUUGUAUGGCAUAGUCCCAAUGGAGAUCAAACCAUUGUAUCACACAUCAGUCAGCAUGGCAAGACGUGGCCCUACUGGUUCAGGAAAAUGGAGAACAUCCACAACUUGGGUCCCCACACUCUGCAGCUACAGGUUGUGUUAAAUGAGAGUGGAUCUACCAUUUAUGCAGGGAAGAGUCUCCCCUCUCAUCACAUCAAAUUCACAGUCACUGAGGGAGAGCCAGAAAAGUUUACCAUGGGGAUGUUGGAGGGUCCCUUCAGAAUUGGACAGCCAUUCCAGAUACCACUUGUGUUCCGAGAUGCAUUCAACAACAUCACCAAACCACUCCAGUCAUCUACACCAACCAUUCAGGCCAGGGAUCUUGACAUUUCUUAUGAGAAAACUGUAGUUAAAGGAAGCAGCCUGAUCUUGUCAGGAAUUGUAGCAAAAGGUGUCAUCAGUGAGAAACACACAGGGAGCUAUGGAGUUACUAUUACAGUCCCAGGACUAAGAGAAGAUGCACAAGCUCUGAAAAUCAGAAUGUUGCCAGGACCGCCCAAGGUUUUGAAUGUGAAACCAGAGGAGAAAAUCACUAUAGAGAAUGGUACAGCCCCGGUGUUCAGGGUGGAAGUGUUGGACUUGUCUGGCAAUAUUACCACAGACAAAAAUCUCACAGUUACCUGUAAGUUUACUGGUACUCCUACUUCCCCCACCUACUCCCUGGACUGCUCUGCUGCGGGGUGUGGGAACAUCACAGGGGAACCCAUUCUCCUCAAAAAGGUCAAAGACAAGCAGGAGCUAACAGCAAAGUUUGAAGUUACUAAUAAGAAGGACAUACCUGCUGUUGAGCGAUCAGUACUUGUCACUCCCAGUAACUCAAUAUCCCACAUCGAGAUUAAACAGGAAGAGAACAAGAAAAAGAGGAUGCUGAAACAAGGAGAGAGCAUCAUGGGAAUAGCAGGGGAAUCCAUCACAGGAUUGACUUUCGUGUUAUAUGAUGAGGCUGGCAGGACUGUCACUGUAGAUGACAAAAUUCUCCCCAAGAUUAAGAUAAACUGGACACCCAAAUUAAACCAGGAGAUGAUCAUGUCUGGGAAUCUGCCCCCAAUCAAAGUCCCGUCCUCUGUCACAGAUUUGAAAUAUUGCCAGGUGGCCAUUCAUGACAAAUCUAAUGUAGAGUUCAGCUUCACCGUCAAUGCUCUGCCUGCCGAGCCAAACCAGAUCAAAUGUAAAUGUCAGGGACCCGCUGCAGUACAAAUAGGGGAGAUGUUGAAACAUGAAAUACAGAUCACCGUCAAGGACAAGUUUGGAAAUGAAAUUACAGAUCUUCCAAAGAACUCUGCACAUGAAUUCCAAGUGACAGGGGAUGGCUUACAAGAACAGUUAGUCAAAGUGACUUCUAAUAAGAAUGGGUUUGCGAUCAACAAUGUACAGUUUGAGGGAGGGAAGAUAGGCACGAAGGACCUGAAGGUGACCUGGCGGGAUCUGAGGGACUUUGUCAGGAUUGAGAUGGUAGCUGGUCCCCCUGAGGCACUUAGUCUGCCCGGCUGGGACUGUGAGGAGACCCUGACAGUACUGAAUGAGAGUAAACUCCCUAGAUCUAUAGUGGUACAGCUUUGUGAUCAGUUUGGAAACCCCUCGAAAUUGGCCGACGUCAGAGUACAACUAACUAAAGAGGGUAAAAUAAAGCUGUAUCCCCCACCAACUCCUCUGAAGACCAAUGCACAGGGACAAGUGGACUUUGGGGUAUUGACUGUAUCAGGACCAAGAGGCAACUAUGAACUCCAGCCAAAAGCAUUCCAUGGCAAAGCAGAUCCUAUUCUUGGUCCUAAAAUCUCCAUUCAGCUUCAGCCGAAUCUGAUGAAGCCCACUUCUCUAUCAGUAGAGUAUGAUAAGAAGGCAAACUUUGUGGUGGGAGAAAAACUACCAGAGUUUACAGUUAAAGUCCUGACAGAGGAUGAUCAGCCCAUGGCCAGUGCUAAAGUGUCCAGUCUGUCCCUCAAGCUGUGGAAGAUGGACGCCAAUGUAGCCAGUGGUCCGCCUUCACGGGCAGUAUCCCAUAGUCCUGAGGCAGUGAAGGGAAGCCCAGGUGUGUUUCUCUUUAAGGAGAGGAAAACCCCCGAGAGUGCUGCUGUACACCAGAUCAUGAUCACAUACUAUGAUGGCCAGUACGAGCUGUUCAGCAAUGUGAUGACAGUUCACAUCAAACCAGCCCCUCCCAUGCAGUUAUUACCAGUAGACAACCCGGGCACUCCCACAGUGUCUAACACCAAGGCAACCACGGCCAGAUGUGUGGUCCGUCAUCUUAGACUAGAACUCAGGGAUCAGCAUGGUAAUGCAUCUGGUACAGGAUACAAUGGGAAAGUGAAAAUAGAGAUUUGUGGACCAGAGGAUGUGACAGAGAUCCCAUGCUUCGUUGGUGGCAGCAGAACUCUUGAAAUACCCUUAAACAAUGGAGCUUGUGCCCUCAAUAACCUGACUAUACAGGAGAAUGCCCCAGGCCAGGACGGACAGGAGUACCUGCUUCGCUGUAAUGUCGUGUGUUCUCUGAUUCCUAGGAAUAAAUCCAUACCACCACUGGAGAUACCUUUCCUCUUUUACAAUGAUGUGAAGAAGCAGAGUCAGAUGUCCCAGCUGUCCAAACAGAGAGAUAACCUUCAGAAAGUGAUCAACACUUACCGCUCACUGUUCGACACAACAGAAUUGCUUACCAAGGAGCUACAAACAUCUGUCAGAGAGGCAAUUCAGGAGGAAAACAAAAUCAGAGAAGAGCUUCAGAAACUGAAAGUCAAUCUGAGUCAAUCAUUAACUAUGCCAAAUAUCGAAAAACAGAUAGAGUCUAAAAAGUUAGAGAAGGAAAAGUACUUGCGAACAAACAGGCGAACCUGUGGACUACAACAGCUACCUGGAAAUCCAGACAUUGUAGGAAAGAUUGGACAUUUGGCGGAGAUAGAAGAUCCUGAUAUAGCCAGAGUGUUGUCAUGGCACAUGUCAUCUGACAUAGACUGUGUGGUCACCAAGACAACCAAAAUGGCCAAGGAGGUGUACAAGCAAACCAAUGGAAAACAACAAGUCCUGCCUAUUGACUCUAUCUUCAAGAAAAGCUUACCAGACUGGAAUAAACCUCUUCCUCACAUUCGAUACAGAUCAGGUUGGAAGCCUCCUGGUAACCCAGCUUAUGCUAGAGGUUUUCUACAGUUCCCUGGUCAUAAAGAGGAAUGUCAAAUAGUCUUUGGUAUGUUAUUGGGGGAUACCCUAAUUCUGGAUGAUCUGAAUUCUGCCAAUUCUUAUCGACAGGAGAUUGUGAAAUUCACGCAUUGUCCAACAAUUCUUACCAGAGAAGGGGAUCGAAUAAGGAGCAAUGGCAAGUUUGGAGGUUUGAUGAAUAAAGCGGUUCCUUUUGAGAAGCUGAAGGGGGCAGUGUUUGGAGAACCACUUCCUCGUCAGUACAAAGAGGCCGAGGCAGUUCUUGAAACCCUCCAGAGACUGAAAGUGGCAAUGCAAAAGACAGAGAAAGCCAAAGAAGAACUGAAAGAGCAGUCCAGCUACAUAGAACUUCCCGAGAUGAAGAUCAAAAAGAAGGAAUGCCAGGAGGCAGAGAAACAACUGAAGGAAAUAGAACAGAAAUUAGGUAUGACAUCCACACCCCCCAGAUCUCGCACCCCACAAGUCACCCCACCUGUGUCUGAGGCUGCCACGCCCAGUAAACGGUCCCGCCUCACCAAUCGUACCCCUGUCAACGGUACAGAGACCGCCCCCUCCCCUAGUCCCCAGUUCACCCCCACCAGACAGAGUAAAAGACUAGCCUCCAUCACCCCAACAUCUGAGGACAGUAGAAAGAAGCUACGAAGAACGUGAACAUGGUAUAUACAUGUAUAUUGGACAGUGUUCAGAAAUCAUGUUUGACAGUUGUAAAGGGCAUUGAUCCAAGACAGAGAAAUUUACAAAAUGGCAGCUGAAAAUAAUCAUAGGAAUGAUUAACAAUUUAUUGCAUUAAUACAAAUAUGUUGAACUACUUUUGACUGUACUGUAGGAAAAGCACCAGUAACAUGGUAGGGGGUUGUACAUUGUAGCAUUGGUAUUUGGGAUUGUAAUUUGUUAAUCAUUUUAAACAGAUUAGUGAUGAUAUCAGAAUAGAAGAUGUAUAUGUAUAUCAAAAUGGGGGUUCAUCUUGAGACCUAGAUGUAUUUUUCAGUAUUAUUGUACAAAGAUUGAGGUUUUAAAUACUGCUGUAAUGUUUAUAAUCUUGAUAUUCUGGGUUUUUUUUUCGAGUUGAUAGACCUAAAUUUCAAUUUGCUUUCUUCCAGUUGAAAUCAAAUGGGUCUGAAUCAAAAUACUUUGCUUUUUAGGAUGAACAAAUAGAUUUUU